AUCUUCCAUUCUCUCACUUCUCCUUUUCCCUCACUCUUUCUUCAUUUUUCUCUCUCCAGAAAUGGCAUCAAAACUCUCAUUCAUGGUGUGUUUCAUGGCUCUAUGCGCCAUUGAUCUAGCACAAAGCGCAUCAUACCCUCAAGCGCCAACACCGUCUGUGGAAUGCUCAACUCUUGUUCUCACCAUGGUUGAUUGCUUGUCCUUUGUCACCAAUGGCAGCACCGUCACCAAGCCAGAGGGUACCCGCUGUUCUGGCCUCAAGUCUGUACUCAAAACUGCUCAUGUUUGCCUUUGCGAGGCUUUCAAAAGCAAUGCUCAGUUUGGUGUGAUUUUGAAUGUCACCAAGGUCACCAGUCUCCCUGCCGCAUGCAAAGUCUCUGCCCCUUCUGCCGCCAACUGUGGAUGUGAGUAAAUUCUGCUACUUUUUUUCUUUUCCCAUUUGGGGUCUCUGUUUUCUCUUUUCUUUUGUCUUUUCAUUUUCUUUAUGGUAGAUUUCUUCAUAAAGAUCAAUGCUUUCGACUUCUGGGUUGGUUAAAGGUUUCAUUUUUAUGCAUGCUCGAGAUGGAUCGUUCCCAUGGUGCCUUUCAUUGUCACGCCACUUGUGUUACCAACGAGAAACACAUUGAG